GAAUACUCUAGCUGCUGUGAUGUCCGAAACCAACUCUUCUAUCAGGCUUGAAACCUAGCACCGAUUGGUUUUGUGCACGGAGAUACGGAAUAAGUUGGCAUUGCUCCUGUGCAGUUCCUGCCUUUCAUAAAUUAUUGGAAGACCUCUGUCUUUCUCAAGGAAAUCAUUAUUCCAUCAAAGGAACCUGACUUCAGGUUCAACACAAAAACAUACUCAAACUAAAAAAUUAUACCAUAUCAGAUUGACAAGAUGGUUAACACUGGCAAGCCAUCCAGAGGAUGUUAUCUCUGUAGAUCUCGGCGAGUCAAGUGUGAUGAGCAAAAGCCAGGCUGUGGUAACUGCCAAAGGCUGAAGCGCGAUUGUCCUGGAUAUCGACCAGUAUUUGACGUUAUGCAUCGUAAUGGGACGAGUUCGACACAGCGCAAAACAUCUAAUGCAAUCGCAACUACAACAGCCCUUGCUGCAAUUCAAAUGGCUCGCCCUCACUACCGAAGUAAAUCAGAAUCUAAUAUCAUGCCUUAUACACGAUGGAAACCAAGACAGAAUUCCCUUCCAGAAGUCCAGAGGUUGGUAGAGGCAAUACAAAAUGGAACACAACCGGUAUGCCCGCCGUUGACAGCGGCAUUGGAAGAACGCGCAAUCUGUUUCUUUCUUUCCAAUUAUGUUUUGAUUCCCCACGGCGCAGUGAGAUGUGGCUUUCUCGGGUUUUUACUUCCAUUGAUGAAACUUCAACCUUCGGCUGUCCUAUCAGAUUCUCUGUCUGCGGUGGCGCUGGCUACCUUUGGAAAUCAACCAAAUGCAAGGAUGCUAAAGCCAAAAGCCGAGCAGGCCUACUCGAAAGCAUUACGCCAUGUCACUAAUGCCAUAAGCGAUCCCAAACAAGCGACUGAAGACACAACACUUGCAGCGGUGAUGCUACUUGCGUUGUUUGAGACUAUGGCAUAUAGUCUCGUGAAAGAGAAUGAAGGCUGGAACACAUGGAAUUCUCAUGUGACUGGUGCAUCCGCCCUUUUGAAGAUGCGCGACGUGAAAGGUCCGAUGACUCCAUUAACUUUGGAGUUGAUAUGGACCGUGAAAGGACACCUGAACCUGAGUUGUCUCCUCAACGGAAAGCUGUUCGAUAUCCCAGCGGAGUGGAAUGAAGUCCUUAAUAAGAGAAUAGACCAAACCAGAGGAGGCCCAACAAUGUGUAAUCGUCUUCAAUCUAAAGUUGCGAAAGCUCGUGUUGAAUGUGAUGAACUUAUGGCUAGCGCGAAACGAACUCCUCAAGACUUCGAAAAUGUUCUGAAUUUGAUGCGAAGAGCUGAAGCCAUAGAACAAAGCUACUCGGAAUGGGCAGAAUCAAUGCCAGCUGAUUGGAACUAUAAGCCUAUAGGAUGGAUCGAUGCCAUACCUGACGACAAACUUACCGAAUCGAAAUAUUUUCCGGGUAAGAUUGACAAGUACCACGAAGUUUGGGCAGCUCAUAUUUGGAACCUGUCCCGAGGAUCGCGAUUACUCAAUAAUAGUACUAUCGUCCGAUGUGCUGCAUGGCUAUGCUCACCACAAGAUUAUCGAACUACUGUGGAGUACGAGAAAGCUACCAUAUCCGGAAAAGAAAUGAUUCGGGACAUUAUUGCCAGCGUCCCUAAUUGUCUCGGAGAAAUACCAACAGCUAUGGAUAUCAAAACCCCUCCUGGGCACAGCUUCGCCUGCGGAGACGAAAGAGACGCCCGUGCAAAAGGUCUAUCUGGGCUUUUCAUAUUGUGGCCUAUGUUUUCCGCCGCUACUUCAGAUUUCGUUACCGAUUCGCAAAGAAAAUGGGUCUUAGGAAGGAUGAAGUAUGCGACAGAGGAGUUGGGAGUUAGCCAAGGAUCUACUGUAUACUCAGAGCAACACUGUUCUAUACGAAUUCCAUCUUCGAUGUUAAAGAAAGAUGGCCUCAUGCCUUCAAGGGUAGAGGAAAUCUUGAACCUUCAGAUUCCUCCUGUCCAACAAUCUUUUGAGAAUGUUGACGAAAUUUGGACCGAAAGGACCAGGAGCUUUGCUCAUUAUCCAACCCCAAGCCCAACAUCGACUUCUUCAUGCUCGCCGAAGGCCCAGCACGAUUGGAUAUUGUUGAACACUGAGUCUCAAGAUAUGAAUACAAUGAACAAUUGGCCGGAUCAAACUCAGUCUAUUUGGUUCAAUCCAAACUUGGAUACCAAUGUCAUCAACCCAGCAGAACCAGCUCAACAAACGUUGGCAGUUCAAAAUCCUCAUUCAGAUUACCUGGUUGAAUCUCAACCAGACAAAAUAUACCACGAGAGAUUUACAGAAAUAUGCAACAUAUGACAAGGACCGACCACAGAUGGAAGUUUGCAUGACAAUAUGACGAAUUUUAUGACUGGUAUUAUUGGUGUUGUUGGUAUUAGUGAGGUUGAUUUUUGGGGUACAUUUUCUGAGUUUAGCCGGUCCCGCGCUUGUCUACUUUUGAAUUUAGCGUCGAGUGGAAGCGGUAGAAGCGGAAGAAGCGAGGACAGUAAAGCUUGGCGAGGUUUUCCGAACAAGCCACAGCACUGUUGCUAUGUAUCAUUAUUAUUGUAACAAUGUUGUUGUAUAUUACAACGAUCUUUUAAUCAUUUGGAUAAAUUACUAGUAUGAUCGUUCCGUGUUCUAAGACAUUUGUCGCUGCUAGAUUGCCCUGAAGGGAGUAUCAUGAACAUGAAACCGUGCCAAUGCACAUGAUACAUUUGAUCAUCGAAAUAUAGUUCGCGGAGAGAUACUAGAAUCCAAUCAUGAUCAAGUUUCAAGAACAGGACACCUUCUAAACUUGAUCCCUGAUGCAAAAUUAAACUUGAUCUUAAACA